AUGUUCGAAGAGAAACUCGUCGUUGGUGUGGCAUCAGCCUGCUCCACUUUGGCCAUUGUUGCCUGCUUGAUUGUUGUACCAUCUUUGUACAACACCAUCAAUGAGAUCCACGACGAGGUUCUCGAUGGAGUC